CUGUCAUACGCCCGACAGUUGGCUCACAAACGCUAUAAUCUAUUACUCAUCUCUCGAUCGGCGGAUAAACUCGAAAAAGUGAGAAACGAUUUACAAGUAAUACAACAGCCGUUAAACACAACCACAAAAGUAUUGAACAUUGACUUCACUAUCAAUACCGAUGAAGUGUACGAUCGCAUUGACCGGGAGUUACAGGCAAUGGACAUACAUGUGCUCAUUAACAAUGUUGGUAUGUAUUGUCCGGAUGGUGUGCCCAGAAAUUUCAUUGACGUACCCGAGCUAAACAAAUAUAACCAAGAUAUAAUCAAUGUAAAUAUCAUCGCCUGCACACGAUUAACAACGCUGAUACUGCCGGCAAUGAUACACAGGGGUCGGGGUGUUAUCAUUAAUUUAUCCUCAUUUGGGGCCACAUUUCCAUACCCACAACUGGCCGUAUACUCGGCCACUAAAGUCUACGUCGAUUACUUCAGUCGAGCGCUGGAGGCCGAAUCAUUGGGCACGUGGGCAGCCAACCAUUUGCCAGUCUAUUUAUGCCAACGGCCGACAGCUUUGUUGGUCAGGCAAUCGGAACCGUUGGCCGCCAGAGCCGUACUGCUGGACAUCUCUUUCAUCGUUUGGUUUAUUUACUCAACAGUUAUUUGA